AUGCUAGAUGACUGGAGAUCUCCUUAUGAACAUAUUUGGAAAAUUUCAUCAAUCAAAGCAGUCAGUUUAGAGAAUUACAACAAAGGCACAUUGCAACAUAAUCUAAGUCUGAAAAAAACAAGUUACACAUCCACAUCAAGAAAAGAACAUUAUAACAAAGCACCAUAUGCUUGUAAACCAGAUUUCAAAACUACAUAUAUUCGUCCAAACAACAUGUUUAGAUAUGAAAUAUCUUUUCUGGAAUCCAGUUGGUAUCCUUGA